GCGCUGCUCUACAGGCGGCGGCGCGUCCGGUUGGUGUCCCUCAUACAGCGCAUCCCGGGGCCGCCCGCGCUGCCCAUCAUCGGCAACGCCGUCGAGAUCAACGUCGAGCACGACGAACUAUUCGCCCGCCUGACGGGCACGACGAGGAUGUGGGGCCAGAAGUCUGGAGUGAACAAGGCGUGGCACGGAUCGCGGCCAUAUGUCCAGCUGUUCCAGCCAGAAGUGGUCGAGCCCAUCCUGAACAGCAACAAGCACAUCGAGAAGAGCGGAGACUACGUGUACCUGCAGCCUUGGCUCGGGACUGGUCUGCUCACCAGCGGAGGUAACAAGUGGCACGAGCGGCGCAAGCUGGUGACGCCGGCCUUCCACUUCCGCAUCCUGGACGACUUCGUGGACGUGUUCGCCGAGCAGAGCGCGCUGCUGGUGCGCCGCCUCGCCGCCGAGGAGGCCGGCCAGCCCUUCAACGUCUUCCCCUACGUCACCCUCUGCACGCUCGACAUCAUCUGCGAGACGGCGAUGGGACGAAACGUGAACGCGCAAGCAGACAGCGAAUCCGAGUACGUGCGAGCUGUCUAUGAGAUUGGGUCUAUUGUGCAGAGCAGACAAGCUAAGAUGUGGCUACAGCCAGACUGGAUCUUCAGGCUGACGUCUUUAUAUAAGAAGCACGAGAAAUGUAUCGAAAUUCUUCACGGUUUCUCCAAUAAGGUGAUAAUGGAGAGGAAGGAGGAGAUACGCCUUCAAAAAGAAAGACAGAAGAGCGGCGAAGACAAUGACUCCGAUGCAUAUGGAGAUGUAGGUAUGAAAAAGCGGUUGGCGUUCUUGGACUUGCUGAUAGAGUACUCCAAGGACGGCACGGUGCUCACCAACGAGGACAUCAGGGAAGAAGUCGAUACCUUCAUGUUCGAAGGCCAUGACACAACAUCUGCCGCUAUAUGUUGGUCGCUAUAUCUCAUUGGAAGCCACCCUGAUGUACAGGAGAAAGUGGUGGCGGAGCUGGAGGAAAUCUUCGCGGGCUCAGACCGACGGCCGACGAUGCGGGACCUGGUGUCCAUGAGGUACCUGGAGUGCUGCAUCAAGGAGGCGCUGCGGCUCUACCCCAGCGUGCCGCUGCUCGCGCGGCAGCUCACCGAAGACGUGCAGCUGGGCAGCUACCAGGUGCCGGCGGGCACGACGGCGCUGGUGGUGACGUACAUGCUACACCGAGACCCGCGCUCCUUCCCGCAGCCCGAGCGUUUCCUGCCAGAGCGCUUUCUGCCGGAGAACUCGACUGGCAGGCACCCCUACGCCUACAUACCCUUCAGCGCUGGGCCGCGCAAUUGCAUCGGUCAGAAGUUCGCCAUACUGGAGGAAAAGGCGGUGAUCUCUGCGGUGCUACGGCGCUACCGCGUGGAAGCGGUGGACCGCCGCGAGGACUUGACGCUGCUGGGCGAACUCAUCCUGCGGCCCAAGGACGGUCUGCGCCUGCGCAUCGAACGCCGCCUCUGA